AUGUGUUGUAGACACAACAACGUCCUGGCCUAUGUGAACGUGGUCCAGAGUGGUGAAAAUGCAGAAGGACCACCUAAAACUACCGGUGUCAUUUACGAUGUCGGUUGCAACCUCGAGAAGGGUAUUAUCCGGGCUGGUAGGAUGAAGUUUGCUGUGGGUGCCUUCCAUUCAUAUGCUCACGCAUAUGGUUGUCAGCUGGCCUAUGACCCUCGAAAAAAUAAAGGUUGGGGCAAGUCUGACGGCAAAGGGUCUGAACGUGUCUGGUGGAAGCUUUCCCCCGAGGUUCCGGCCAAUCGAUACGUUACCAGCUUACACCGAAAGGUUUCUUUGGAUCUCAAGACACAUCACAUGAAUCAUAUUUGUCUGGAGAACGCAGUAAAAUGGUUUAUGUCGAAGUUAAAUGAAUAUGAGAAAGAGCUUGAGGAAAACAUGUCAGUGCUGAAUCACCUACUUGAGGAAGAGGGUAGACUGCCCGAAUACUAUGCAGAUCAAUGGGAUCAACAACGAAAGGCCCAGCUUGAUCUGCUGGGAAAUACUGUCUUGUCGGACUUGACCGGUCAGCUUGAACGUCUGAUAGGGCUUGAAGAGCAGUGUCGUAUACAAAAGCAGCGACUUGAGGAGCUUCGUGAGAAGCGCAGACGAACGCGUACAGAAGAAGAAAACACCGAGCUAGCUAGUCUGCCAGCUAGUUUGGUCUUUUUGGAGGUGGAGAUCAAUGAAGUUGUUGCCGAUCUAGGAAGUCAGGACUUUAGAGACAUUCCUGGGGCACAAGGGGAAGAGCUCGCAUUCGAGUUCGCAUUGCUAAAGCUCGCCUCUACGAAGCCAGGGUUGGAAUUAUCGAAUUGCAGAGGCGUUGGGAUCGCCCAGGCUUAG